UUACAUUCAUUUUUGUCGAUACAGACCCUAAAGGCUAAAACCCUGUUACUUAUCUUCCGGCCGACAAAGAAGAGAGAGAAAAUACAAUAUCGAGAAAUUCCGGUGAAACCAUGGAUUAUGGAUCUCUCUUCGUCGAUGAAACCGCUGCUCCUGUCGAAAACGCUUUUCUGGAAUUCCUCAAAAGCUUUCGUGUGGAUCCGGAUUCGCGACAUCCUUAUUAUGAAUCUGAAAUUGGAACUAUGGAAGAAAUUGAAUCAACUACUAUGUUUGUUGAUUUCUCCCAUGUCAUGCGAUUUGAUGAUACUCUUCAGAAGGCCAUUUCCGAUGAGUAUUUGAGGUUUGAGCCGUAUUUAAAGAAUGCUUGUAAGAGAUUCGUCAUUGAGCGAAGGCCUUCAUUUUUUGCUGAAGAAAACCCUAACAAGGAUAUCAAUAUCGCCUUCUAUAAUAUUCCUCUUGUGAAGCGAUUAAGAGAGUUAACCACUUCUGAAAUAGGCAGAUUAGUAUCUGUGACUGGAGUGGUUACUCGAACGAGUGAGGUUAGACCUGAGCUGCUCCAAGGUACUUUCAAGUGCUUGGAAUGUGGCACACUUGUUAAAAAUGUUGAACAGCAAUUUAAGUAUUCAGAGCCAACAAUCUGUAUUAAUGCCACCUGUGCAAACAGAACGAAAUGGGCUUUGCUUAGACAAGAAAGUAAAUUUACUGAUUGGCAAAGGGUGAGAAUGCAGGAAACCUCCAAAGAAAUUCCUGCGGGGUCUCUUCCAAGAUCACUUGACAUCAUUCUACGCCACGAGAUUGUUGAACAGGCUAGAGCUGGUGACACGGUCAUAUUCACAGGAACUGUGGUUGUCAUUCCUGACAUAAUGGCGUUGACAUCGCCAGGGGAGAGAGCCGAGUGCCGUAGAAAUUCUUCUUCUCAAUCUAAGGCGAUUGGCUCAGGAAAUGAAGGAGUAAGGGGUCUAAAAUCAUUGGGAGUGAGAGACCUCAAUUAUCGUCUUGCUUUUAUUGCUAAUUCUGUUCAGAUUGCUGAUGGAAGAAGAGAUAUUGAUAUCAGAAACCGGAAGAAGGAUGCUGAAGAGGAUGACAGCCAGCAGUUCACGCAAGAGGAACUCGAUGAGAUCCAAAGAAUGAGAAAUACUCCUGACUUUUUCAAUAGACUGGUAGAUAGCAUCGCACCAACUGUAUUUGGCCACCAAGAUAUCAAGCGUGCGAUUCUUCUUAUGCUGUUAGGUGGUGUUCACAAGAGUACAGAAGAAGGAAUUAACUUAAGAGGGGAUAUUAAUGUGUGCAUAGUAGGCGAUCCCAGCUGCGCAAAGUCUCAGUUUCUCAAGUAUACUUCUGGUCUUGUCCCUAGAUCAGUUUAUACAUCAGGGAAAUCAUCAUCUGCUGCUGGUUUAACUGCAACUGUGGCUAAAGAACCAGAAACUGGAGAAUUCUGUAUUGAGGCUGGAGCAUUGAUGUUAGCUGAUAAUGGUAUCUGUUGCAUUGAUGAAUUUGACAAAAUGGACGUCAGAGACCAGGUUGCUAUUCAUGAAGCCAUGGAGCAGCAGACUAUAAGUAUCACAAAAGCAGGAAUACAGGCGACACUAAAUGCUAGGACAUCUAUAUUAGCUGCUGCCAAUCCUACUGGAGGUCGUUAUGACAAAACAAAACCACUGAAGUAUAAUGUUGCUCUACCUCCAGCAAUCCUCUCCAGAUUUGAUUUGGUAUAUGUUAUGAUAGAUGAUCCAGAUGAUCAAAUUGAUUACCACAUUGCUCACCAUAUUGUUAGGGUGCACCAAAGGCGUGAAGAUGCAUUAUCACCUCCAUUUACUACCGCACAGAUAAAACGUUAUAUUGCCUAUGCAAAAACAUUGAAGCCAAAGCUUAGUUCAGAAGCAAGGCAAUUGUUAGUUGACUCAUAUGUGACACUUCGACGAGGUGAUGCUGCUCCAGGUAGUAGAGUUGCUUAUAGGAUGACUGUAAGACAGCUGGAGGCAUUGAUCCGGCUAUCAGAAGCCAUUGCACGAACUUACUUGGAAAUUGAGGUACUACCACGCCACGUCUCUGUUGCAGUUCGACUGCUGAAGACAUCAGUUAUUAGCGUGGAAUCAAGUGAAAUUGAUCUGUCUGAGUUCAAUGAAGAAAUUAAUGAUGGCGGAGCCAGUGGAGAUGCUUCAGGCAGAGAUGCUCAGCCCAGUCCUGCUCCAAGUGAAUCAGCUUCAGCUAAUCCAGGAAAUGAUGGCGGUCCUAAAGGUCAGGAACAGAAUUUGGUGGUAACAGAUGAAUAUUUUAACAGAGUAACACAAGCACUUGUUAUACGGCUCAGACAACUUGAAGACACUGCUGAGCAAGAGGGAAAAGGCCUUCUUGGCACCAGACAGAAGGAUUUGAUACAGUGGUAUGUAGCACAACAAAAUGAAAAAAACAGCUACAGCUCAAUGGAGGAAGCUCGCAAUGACGUUAAAAUUGUGAGGGCUAUUAUUCAGAAAUUGAUUAAAGAAGGGAAUCUAAUCGUUGUGGAUGACGGUAGGCAAGCAGCCCCGGCUGCUGGAGGUGAAGAUCAACCUCAACCUCAAGUAUCUAAAGAUGAUCGAAUCUUGGCUGUCGCUCCUAAUUAUGUCAUAGACUGAGUAUUUGUUAUGAAGAGGCAACUUUGUAGAUGGCCGAUUCCAAGGAAAGGGUUUUUACAGCAAUCUUAACUUGUGAUGGCAAAACAUAGAAGCAAAUGAUCAGUUAUGUUAACUGUAUAGCAUCACAUGUAUUUGUAGAGCAAUGUAUAAUUAUACCCACUAAUUGUUCGUGAUGAUAUGUUGUCUCAAAUAGGGGUUUUUUGUUUGGAAGGCCACAAGGCGUGAAAGAUUGGGUUGUUAGACAUUUUAAAGUUUUUUUUUCUUUUUCUUUUCUCGAAAUUGGGUACAUCUCUAUCGUACCCAUUUCUCACUUAAAAAAUCAAGUGUAUUUCGUUGAGGUAUUGGAGGAAAGAAGGCCAGAACUUUAGUGGAUUUUAUUUAGAAAGUUUAAAUUGAUUCAAAUUUAGUGAUUAGUAAAUUAAAAUUUUUGAAUUUGAAU